AUGGCGCUGAUUGGAUUUCUGGUGGUGGCAGUGUGUGGAUUUCUGGUUGCUUGGGGUGAUCAGUUGAAGCAAGCUCGGACACCAUUGUUACCUCAUCGCCCAUUUCUGGUGGUGUGGAACGCACCUACGGAAUCCUGCCGUCUUCGAUUUAAGGUGGAUUUGGACCUUAGUGUCUUCGACAUUGUUGCUAACCACAAUGAGACCUUGAGUGGCCCCAACGUCACAAUCUUUUACCACAGUCACCUGGGUUACUACCCUUACUACACAAGCUCUGAGACUCCUAUCAAUGGUGGCCUUCCUCAGAACCAAAGCCUGAGCAAACACCUCAGUAAAGCGCGAGCGGAUAUUGACAAGCUCAUACCUAUCAAGGACUUUCAUGGUCUUGGCGUCAUUGAUUGGGAAAACUGGCGACCACAGUGGGUACGCAAUUGGGGCUCGAAGGACAUCUACCGUAACAAAUCUAAGGAGCUUAUAAGAAAGUUACACCCUGGCUGGCCACAAAGUAAGGUGGAAAAUGAAGCAAAGGAGGUGUUUGAGAGGGCUGGACAAGUGUUCAUGAACUCAACUCUACUGCUAGCCGAAAGUCGCCGACCACAUGGUCUUUGGGGGUUUUACCUGUUUCCUGACUGUUACAACUAUGGUUACAAGCAGUAUCCAUUUCGUUACACAGGAGAGUGUCCUAAUAUAGAGCACGUACGCAAUGACCAUCUGAUGUGGUUGUGGAAGGAGAGUACAGCCCUAUAUCCUUCCAUCUAUCUAGACUAUGAGCUAAAAUCUUCAGCUAAUACUGUCAAAUUUGUGCACUACCGUGUCAAGGAGGCCAUGCGGAUUGCUUCAAUUGCCAGGAAUGACUAUACACUGCCUGUUUUUGUUUACUCCAGACCCUUCUACGCAUAUACGUUUGUUGUCCUAUCAGAGAGUGACCUGGUCCACACCAUUGGAGAGAGUGCAGCAUUGGGGGCCGCUGGGGUGGUCCUGUGGGGGUCAUCUGAGUAUGCAAGAUCUCAGAGAAACUGCUUGACAGUGAAGAAGUACAUUGACGGUCCUCUUGGCCACUAUGUGAUCAAUGUCACCUCAGCUGCUAAACUGUGCAGCAAGGCCUUAUGCAAGAAGAAUGGUAAAUGUGUCCGCAAGAGCCUGGACUCUGGGGCUUACCUGCACCUCAACCCUCGCUUCUUCAACAUUCGCCUUAAUCAAGGCAUCCGUGGACCGCGUUUCUAUGUCAGCGGCCACCUCAAUAACCUUGACAUCCUGGACAUGAAGCAGAAGUUUACCUGCCAGUGUUACCAGGGCUGGACGGGCAUCUACUGUGAGAUGCCCCAGAUGGCAGAACCUCUCCCUCCCCACCCGAGAGACAGCAUCCUGGGAGAACUACUGUUUGUCCUGUCCCUUCAUUUCUCCUGCUUGUCUGUUAUCAUGUUCUUGGGUCUGUGUCUCAUUAUUAAGUGUUUGAUAUUGUAA